UCGGGGGAGGGACGGGGCCAUGCAUGGCCUUGGAAACCUCUGGGCCUCGGUCUAGGGGUCUAGCCGGGAGAGUGGGGAGGCUGUCCAGUGACAAGGCCAGCCCCAAAGUGGCCAAGGAGACUUGCAUGGUAUUUCCAAAGGCCAGCAGUUGCCUGGGAAGGGAUUGUGGGUGGGGAAUCUAUGGCCAAUGGUACUUGCCCCCUUCCUCAGGGAGAGUGCCUGUUCCACCCAGCUCUCAAUUUAGGGGAAGGACAAACGGUGUCUCAGAAACAUCCCGUUCUGCAGGUAGAUUGACUGAGUCUGGAAGUGGGGAGAGACCUUGCGAUGCAGGAGGUGAAUGGAGGGGGCUCCAGUGCCCUGCAGGACAUGGAGCGGUGCCUGCACAGGAGUGGGUGUCCUGCAGGAGCCAGUGGCCUUUGGGGGAUGGAUGGAUCUGCAGUGGUUGGCAUAGCGGCGGUGGUGUGUGUGUGUUGAGAGGUGUUUAGCAGCUAAUAUAUUGAAAAGAGAUUUCAACAGCAACUCAGAAGACUUAGGGCCUAGUCCUGGAUCACCUUGCUGGAUGACCUUGGACAAGUGUGUUGGCCUUACUGAGCCUCAGUUGCUCCACUUAUAAAAUAAGCUCCACGGGGCUGCUGUCUCCACCUCCGGGCUGCUGUGAGGGACUGGUGAUUGCAGCUGGAAGUGCCCAUGACCGAGCUGGUGUCCUCCAGGGGCGGGUCCCCUGUGGGGGACAGGGAAGAGGAGGGUCUGGGCGACGAGCAGGGCCUGGUCAUCCAUCACCCUGCAGAGGAGCAGCUCCAUCGCUGUCCGCUGUGCGGCCAGACCUUCUCCCAGCAGCCCAGCCUGGUGCGGCACCAGAAGGCCCACGCCGGGGCGGGCCGCGCGGCCUCCUUCGUGUGCCCCGAGUGCGGCAAGGCCUUCAGCGUGAAGCACAACCUGGAGGUGCACCAGCGCACGCACACCGGCGAGCGGCCCUUCCCGUGCCCCGAGUGCGGCCGCUGCUUCAGCCUCAAGCAGAACCUGCUCACGCACCGGCGCAUCCACAGCGGCGAGAAGCCGCACCAGUGCGCGCAGUGCGGGCGCUGCUUCCGCGAGCCGCGCUUCCUGCUCAACCACCAGCGCACCCACGCGCGCAUGCCCGCGCCGCACCCGCGCCGCCCGGGCGUCUUCGGCGAGCGGCGGCCCUACUUCUGCGCCCGCUGCGGCAAGAGCUUCGCGCGCGAGGGCUCGCUCAAGACGCACCAGCGCAGCCACGGCCACGCGCCCGACGGCCCCGCGGCCCACCUAGGCCGCGUGCUAUGA